UUACAGAGCGCUCUGUACAAGAAAUAUUUGAAAGAACGCGCGUGCUGCGUGCUGACUUGACCGACGUUCGCCUUGUCAAAUAGAAAAACAGAAUAGUUUUUUGUAUUAUCAUUUUUUUUAUUUUGUUGUUGGAGUCCAAAGCGAAAGCAAAGUAAGCCCACAUUCUAUACUAAAUUUAUUGCUUUAGUCUUGUGGGCUAAGUGAAGAAAAUGGAGUGUAAUUGAAUAUGUAUAAGCUUGAAAUUUAAGUGAAAUAAAAGCAAGCAAAUAUAGCUAAAAUCAAAUUUAUCUUCCUUUCGUUUGAUCUUAUACUUACAUCCUUUCUUCCAAGUCUAUCCCCCCACAAAAAAACCUCCUUAGUUUGUAACGCAACUACAUUGAGACUGUCGCUGCUGUGGAAAUGAAUCAACCGAAAAUAGUCAUAAUUGGAUCGGGAGCUUCCGGCAUUGCCUGCGCCACAAAACUAUUGGAUUAUGGUUUCGAAAAUGUGAUAAUUGUUGAGGCUGAGUCAAGGAUAGGUGGUCGGAUUCACACAAUACCAUUUGCCGACAAUGUCAUCGACUUGGGUGCCCAGUGGUGUCAUGGCGAGAAGGACAAUAUGGUCUACGAAUUGGCCCACAAACAUGACCUGCUCGAGUCCACCGGUGAUGUCUAUGAAUCCUAUCAGUGUGUCCGCUCAAAUCGUGAAGUUGUACCUGAAGACGUCAGCCAGCGACUGAAAGAUAUUGUCAACGACAGUCUGGUGACACGACAAAUGGAACUGCGCAACUGCAACGGAUCGCUGGGCAGUUAUUUGAACAAUAAAUUCUAUGAGGCUUUGAGGCGUCCGGAAAAUUCCGAUAUUGAUAUGGCGAUAGCUAAGGAGUUUUUUGAAAACUAUAAAAAAUUUGAAAAUUCUGUUGAGGCUUCCGACACCCUGGACGAUGUGUCGGGUAAGGGCUAUUUAGAAUAUUGGGAAUGUGAAGGUGAUAUUCUGCUGAACUGGAAAGACAAGGGCUAUGUGGAGUUCUUACGUUUGCUGAUGAAAUCGCGAGAGGUGAAAAAGGAGUGGGGAAUAUUGGAGAAGAGGAUACUGCUCAACAAACAGGUGGCAAGAAUUGAAUGGAAUCGCAAUGAUUGUUGCGUUCAGAUACGCUGCGUGGAUGGUGAUAGCUUUGUGGCAGAUCACGUGAUAUUAACGGUGUCCCUGGGCGUGUUAAAGGAACAACAACUGAAGUUAUUUGAACCGAAACUACCGGUGGAAAAACAACGGGCCAUAGAUGGCUUGGCCUUUGGCACGGUGAAUAAAAUUUUCAUUGAAUUUCCCCAGCAGUUUUGGCCCGACAAAUGGACUGGUUUCACAAUGCUGUGGCGUGACGAAGACAUCCAGGAGAUUCGAAGCACAAGCCGGGCAUGGCUGGAGGAUGUGUUCGGCUUCUAUUGUGAUCACAAUCAACCUAGGCUGUUGAGUGGUUGGAUCAUCGGUGCCAAUGGUCGGCACAUGGAAACACUGCCAGAGGAUGAAAUCCUAGAUGGUUGUAUGUUUUUAUUCAGGAAAUUCCUGCAAUGGGACAUCCCUGAACCCAGCAAUUUCCGGGUAUCCAAAUGGUAUACCAACGAGAAUUUCCGUGGUUCCUAUUCAUUUCGUUCCAUGUACACCGAAGAGGUGGGUACCAGUGCCCGCGAAUUGGCCCAACCUCUGAGUGUGGUCACGACCAAACCUGUUUUGAAUGGUGAACCCACGGUAGAACCACUGUACAAUCAAUCACGUUGUGAUAAACCCAUAGUGCAAUUUGCCGGUGAGGCAACCAGUGAUCAUUACUUUUCAACGGUGCACGGUGCCGUGGAAGCGGGGUGGCGUGAGGCCACACGUUUGGCCGAUUUUUACGGCAUGCUGAGGAAGAACUGCUCGGCUGCUGUCAAAUCAUCCUUAUAACAAUUUUAGGACUUUAAAUGUCACUAAGUGAUUUGGAUGUUUUAGGUAAUUGGUGGGGAGCUGCAGAAAAAGUUCUUCGCCGAAUACCUUUUAACAUCCUUAGAGACAUUUAAAGUCCUGAAAUAAAACGAAAAAAAAGUGAAAUAAAUCAAUUUUUGGUUGUCACAAAAGAAAAUAAGCUGAGAGAAGGAAACAAAAAUUGCGGUUACCUUUGAGAGAAAAAGAAAGAGAGUGAGAGAGAGAAAAAAACGUUAACCUAUGUUUUGAGUUUCAAAGAAAGCACAACAUUUUACUUCCAUUAUAUUCCAUAGAGACGCACGGUGGUUUCAAGGGACAAUACAGUAAGAAGAAGAAGAAGAAGAAAGUGUUGUAUGUCUCUGCAAGAUGACAAUGUUGACAGGGUUUUUUAAUACCAGGACUGGAGAAGGGUGUUAGUGAAGAUUAUUUUGAAUAUUUUAUUCUAAAAAAAUGUAUGUAGAAAAUCUCUAAAAGUCUGAAACUCGUAUGAGGUCUCAUUUCUAUCCACGGAAACCACUUACACCGCCAGAUAAUCUUAAAUUGAUAGGGAGACAACUAAAGAGAAUAAUCCGUAAGGUCCACAGUUUAAGUCUUAAGAUGCAGAUAUAUAGAAAAAUAGUUUUAAUGGCUUAAGUCGUCGGCUGACUUCUUUGUAAAAGAACAUAAGACUUGUAAGCUGACUUAGUUCAAUUUCGACCCAUCAUUUAUACGUGUUCACCUUACGCUCCUUUGUUUUUUUUUGCGAAGAAGAGAGCCAGUGACUUAUGCCGGAAAAAUAUUUCUAUGUGUUGUCAACUUUAUACCUGUUGAGGAUCAAUAGUAAUUUUGGUUUUCUUUCUUUAGAGAUUUUUAGAACACCUGCAGAAGUUUUUCUGUUCCUGAAAUAUCUUUUGUCAAGAGAAUACCAAGAUUUGACAAAAGUCCUUUCUAAAUGUCUUCUGUAUAUGGAAGACCUGCUAACGGUCUCUUGUGGACAAAAACCUGCUAAUAUCUACUUGAGGAGUUUUGUGCUCUGUUGACACAAAAACUUCAACAGGUCAUCUAUGG